UAAAAAUAGGCACUUUGUUGAGAAUCGAUAUCAAAAGCUCGCAGCCAGAGCAAAAAGAAAACAGCCAGCCAGGAAGGUCAAAGCGGUAAAAGUAAGCCAAAAGAAAACCAGCUAUAAGAACAUAUCUGAGUUAUCAAGCAGAUAAAAAAGCUGCAACAGAUAUAAGCAGGAUAAAUAGCAAUUUUGUCAGUAGAACGUAGGUUAAAAAAAAAAGGGGUGGAACCCUAAAUCAUAAUCUUCAAACAGCUGUCACCGGGUGAGAAGCGAAGAGAUAAACGGGGGAGGGAGAAGGGGGGAAAAAAAGGGCCAUCGAAACUCAGCAAGAAAAAAAAGGAAAAAUGCCAAACAAGACAAAACAAAAGAAGGAAAAAAAAAAAAAGAGGAACAACUCCAUCUGCUCAUUCCAGAAAGUGACCCGAAUCUCUGCUUCGAAACACGGCGAGUAACAAAACCGGGCUUUGCUACCCCAUGAAAAAGGACCUCUAAGACUUGGUAGACCAAAAAAAUAGAAAGCAAACCAAAAAAAACAACACCACAGCGCAGAGUAAACAAAUGUCAAGUGGUACACAAAGAGACGCAAUGCAGCCCACGUGUGGAAGCGCGAGAGGUUCUGCAUGUCGUUGGUGGUCCAUCCACAGAGGCCAGUGGAGCCGGGCGCGUACAGACGAAGCGGCUGAACAUGACUCACAAAAGAUGGGGUUUUGCUGGCCGGCUGGCUGGCUUCCAACAUGCCAAAUCAAACCAGAAGGGGAAACAGAUGGAGACCCAACAGCCAAGCACAGAGUGCCACCAUCCCAGUUCACACGCACACAGACACCCCGGUGUAAUCCAUUUGCCGAACGCAGGCCAUACCUUAUUUCACCUCCGGCUGGCAGUUUUUUAGGGUGAAGGAUGAUGAAUCCCCUUCGGUCAUAUGAUAAAAAAGGAGUUGUCCAAUAUGGAAUUUUUUUUUUAGCACAUGGGAUAUACCAUUGGAAUUACACGGCAAGACAACAUUCGUACCCGAGUUUGCUUAUGAAAACAAAGGAGGAAAAAAAAAGGACACCCGACUCCCGCAUAGGAACGAUGACAA